AUGUCCCAAAAUCUGCAAUUCCCGGCCACCGGCCACACCGUGGACCCCGGCGACGACCCCCCAGACCGGCCAGAUGAGGCGUUUCCAGUCCUCAGUAAGGCCACGAUCCCCCCGCUUGUCAAUGGCCGAUACUCCAAGCGGCGGCAGAAGGGUUUGGGAGCGCAUGAAUGGCGGGUCGCGAGUAAGAAGGGGAGACGACAAACGAGCUCAACUGGAUCAGCUCAUGGGCAGUCAUCCGGAGGGGCACUGGCGAACCGAGGGUCAGUCGUUGUGCCAGUGGCGACCAGUGGAUCGGUUCAGGAGCGUCUUAAGAAUCGUGAGGUGGCUCAGCAGGAACCUUUGAUGGACACUGAUGGGAUUCGGGAACAGCAACUAGGGGGUUCACAUCUAUUGACGGUGUCGGUCGGCUCGGGGCUAGACCCAUCUAGGCACCACGCUGUGAGAGUGCUCGAUGAACACGAGAUGACCAUGGCACAACCUCCUGACCCUGGUGAUUCCAAAGGCUUAGAGGAUAUGUGUAAGGAUACUCCAGCAGGCUGGCGACCGCCUCCUUUACCGGACGGGAACGUGCAUACAAAUCCUGCACCUGGUGGUCAAGACACGGAUAUGAUCGGCUCAGUCGAAAUAGCUCAACCAGCCGCACAGGCCCCUGCUGAUCUCUAA